AUGAAACUCUCCCUCUUUAAUUCUCUUAAAAACCAAAUUACCGAACUAGAACUCCAACCGAACCAAACUAUCAAAAUUUAUCUGUGUGGUCCGACUGUCUACGACCAUAUUCAUAUUGGUAAUUUGCGUUCAGUGAUUAUUUUUGAUGUUCUGCAUCGUCUCCUGUUAUGCUUAAAGGUUAAAGUUAAUUACAUUCAAAAUAUUACUGACAUUGAUGAUAAAAUAAUUACCAAGGCUCAAAAAGAAAAAAAAAGCGAAAAAGAAAUUGUAACUAAUUAUAUUCCUCAACUUCAAACCUUUAUUAAAAAAUUGUUGGAAAAAGGUUUCGCUUACCAACUAGCCGGAGAAAUUUUUUUCGGAGUUAAAAAAAGCAAAGAGUAUGGUCGGCUUUCGGGACAAAAACUAGAAAAGUUAAAAAGCGGGCAAGAAUUAGCCUCCGAAAAUAAAAAAGACAAUAAGGAUUUUGAAUUUUUUGCUGGUCAAACCAUUGAUAUUCACGGAGGCGGUAAUGAUUUACUAUUUCCCCACCACGAAAACGAAAGAAUACAGUAUUUAGCCCACAAUAAUAAGGAAUUAACCGAAAAUUUUUCCCAAAAAUAUGACCCUAAUGUUUUACGUUAUUUAAUUUUAAAUAGUCAUUAUAACCAAGUAAUUAACCUAAGCGAAGAAUUAAUUCAACAAGCGGUUGAUUAUACUCAAAAAAUUAAAAAUCUGCUGAAAAAACUAAAUUUUUACUUAUAUACCGAGAAAAUAAAAAUUACUCCGCCAGAAACUCCCCCAAAAAAAGAAAUAAUUGAUAGUUUACUGAAUAAUCUUAAUAUAGGCGGAAUAAUCUUAAUUUUUUCUGGUUCACCUAAAUCCGACCAACCCCAACUGCUAGAAACGAUAAUUAUUGAACCCACCCAAAAACAUUCUGCUACUGUAAUUUUCCUCCAUGGAUUAGGGAAUGACGCCACCAGACAAAAAAACGAACUGGAACCAAUUGCCAAAAACUAUCCGCAAGUUAAAUUCAUUUUUCCCAAAGCCCCUACCAUUCCACAGGAUAAAGAAGGUUUGCGAAAAUCAGUUAAACAAAUUGAAAAAAUUAUUCGCCAGGAAAUCGAUUGCGGCAUCUCUCCCCAAAAAAUUAUGGUUAUGGGUCAUUCCCAAGGUGGUUCAGUAGCGUUAACAAUGGGCUUGCUUACUGAAUACAAAUUAGCCGGAAUUGUUUGUCUCAGUGGUUUUCUUCCUUGUCGGGAAGAAAUAUUUAACUGA